AUGGUUUCAGAAUAUGGAGUUUUAAAAUUACAUUCUUCAAGGCAAAAGCAUACGAAAGCCAUGUCUGCAAUACCAAGCAAAACAAAACAGCAUAAUAUCAUGUCCGCAUUUGUUACGAAAGGAAUUAUGUCGAAGAAUAAAGUUGUCACAGCGACUAAAAUCAAGCUGGCGGGUUUUCUAGCUGAGCAUAAUAUUGCAUUCCAAACUGCAGAUCAUAUGUCAGAUUUAAUAAAUGGUAUAUUGGAAGAUUUUGGAGUGGAACAUAAAAUUGCUAUGAAAAGAACAAAAGCUACAGCUGUAAUCACCGAAGUAAUUGGUGAAAGUGAAAAAUCGUCUCUAGCCGAAAAACUGAAAACUGAGAAAUUCAUUGUUAUGUCUGACAAGUCAACAGAUGUCAGCACUCACAAGGCCAGUUGUAUAAUUGUUAGAUAUUAUAACGUUGAUUAA